UCAACUGCACGCGGAAGGAAGGAGAUGAGGAGUGGAUGACGCGAGCACACAAGCCUCACCAAAUACAUCUUCCCGAAUAAAUACAUCUACUGAACGGACUGGAGCCUCCACGCAGGACGCCCAUCACUACUUUAAUGCGCUAAAGAACAUUUGUUCUAUCCUCGUGACCGGAUAUACUCGUCUCAGUCCACUUUAAAGCUUCCCCAGCGAGUUUAGCUUAGCUUAGCUUGCUAGCCGCUCACAAAGAAACGCGUUUGUGACCAAAGCAGAGCUCAAGUGUGAGUGUAAAGCGUCGAGGGUGUCCUGCGACGAUGUGUUCGAAAAGUAAGAAAGAAGAAGAGUACGAGGAGGAAAUCUCUCGGACAAAAGAGAACGAACGUCACCUGCUGGAGGCUGGUUUCGAGCAGCCUCGAGUUGGGUUCAACGCAGAAGAUGUUAGUGAAGAAUAUCUUCAUCCUGAGCAGGAGCCACAGUCAGCCUGCUUUAAAGAAGAGGAGGAGGAGCCAGAGCUUCCUCGUAUCUGUAAGGAAGGGGAGCCCAAGUCCCCUUACAUUAAAGAAGAAGGGCAGGACGAUGAAAUCACCACGUUUGCAUCGACUGAUGGCCAAUCAGACGGCCUCUCGGCUCCACUCUCUGAUAGUGACGACAUAACGUCACACUCUUCUAAUGAAGACGACGGCGAGGAUGAGGAACACUCGAAAGGUGAUAGGACAGGCCACACUGACAACAAACGUGAGCGGUGUUCUCACUGUGACAAAACGUUUGACAAAAAGUCGUCGUUGAAAGCACAUGAAAGAACACACACUCGAGAAAAACCUUUUGCCUGCUUAGUUUGUGGCAAAAGAUUCUCGAGAAAGGCAACUUUAACAAGACACACAGUUACACACACUGGUGAAAAACCUUUUGUCUGCUCAGUUUGCGGUAAGAGAUUUAUUCAGAAUGUAGAUUUAAAAACGCACACAAGGACGCACACUGGAGAAAAACCAUUUGUCUGCUCAGUUUGUGGUCAAAGAUUCUCGACAAAGACACAUUUAACAAAACACACAAGAACACACACUGGAGAUAAACCAUUUGUUUGCUCAGUUUGUGGGAAAAGAUUCUCUGUGAAGACAAAUUUAACGAGGCAUACAAGAACGCACACAGGAGAAAAACCUUUUGCCUGCUCAGUUUGCGGGAAAAGAUUCACUCAAAAUGUCGAUUUAAGAAUACACACAAGAACACACACUGGAGAUAAACCUUUUGCCUGCUCAAUUUGCGGUAAAAGAUUCACUCAGAAGGGGGAUUUAACACGACAUACAAGAACACACUCUGGGGAAAAACCUUUUGCCUGUUUAGUUUGUGGUCAAAAAUUUGCUGCGCAGGGACAACUAACCACACACAAAAGAACACACACUGGAGAGAUACCUUUCGUGUGCUCAUUUUGUGGGAAAGGGUUCACUCAAAGACGCUCUUUGACGGCACACACACGAAGACACACUGGCGAGAAACCGUUCCGCUGCACUGUGUGUAAUAAAAGGUUUCAUGUCAAGUAUGAGCUGAAGAGACACAAGUGUGCCGGCGCGAAGAGCAGCGCUCAAUGAAGCUGCGCAAUAAACGCAAGAAGCCGAGGCUGUGUUGCUCAUCAUUGACUCAUUCUGUACUCCCUAAUCACCUCCGUUUACAAAUGACCUAGUUUACAAACAAUUCGCUCUGUGAACUACAUUAUUAUUAUUAUUAUUUUU